AUGGACGAGAAAUCGCAAAUGCAUCAAUCGGUCAUUACGGGAGUCUUUGAGAACGGGUUUAUGGGAGCUGAAAUUCCUGAAAAAUAUGGCGGUCCAGGAUCUUCAUUCUUCGAUGCGAUACUCAUCAUAGAAGAACUUGCCAAGAUCGAUCCGUCAGUAUCGGUAUUCGUUGAUGUGCAAAAUACACUCGUGGCCCCUUUGAUAAUGCAACUUGGAACCGAAGAACAGAAACAGAAAUAUCUUCCAAAAAUCUCCACCGAGUGGGUAAGGUUGAACUUUAGUUGA